AUGCAGAUGGUGCGCUGCUCGCUCGCAUUUGCCACAGUGCUGCCAUUGGUUUUGGCAAAGGAAGCGCCGGCCAGCGCAAUGCUACGAGGGUCCACGCCUGCAACACGCAGCCUGAGUGAUCUUCCAAGCUGUGCUGGGAAGCCGAACUUUCAGCUCGCACAAAGUGCAUGGUGCGGCCAGCAGCAAGAGCCAGUGGCAUGCUUCAAGGACACAGACAGCAGCAAUCCCAUUUGGGACUGCCACCUCCAGACUGACGGCUGGUGCACCCUCGGUGGCCUCGCCUGUGCAUGGCCGUUGAAGGGUGAUCAGCUGGAGCCUCAGCCAGCACCUCCUCCUUCUCCGGAGGUUCCGCAGCCUGCGGAAGAACCAACUCGCUUUGUCACUUGGAACCUUUACGUUUUCACCUUGGCUGGAAGGAUUCAUCCAGUUGUUGAUGAGCUCAUGAGAAUGCAGCCGGAGAUUGCAGCCAUUCCGGAGAUGUGGCAUGAGAAGGAUGCCAUCUUGGAUCGCUUGAACCAGGUCUCCGGAAAUGUCUACGCAUUUGCCACUGGUGGAUCCACAGAGCAGUUCAACGAUGCUGACAUCCUCUUCCGUGCUGACAAGUGGGAGCACAUCGCCAGUGAUUUGGUUCCAUUCUCUGAGGGCAGAGCGGUGAAUUGGGCUGCGUUGCGCCGCAAGUCGGAUGGAUAUACACUGAUUGCUGCAGGAACACAUCCGUUGUGCUGCAGAGGUGACCGUGUUAUCAUUGAGGCUGUGGAGUUCGUGAUUGGCACAUUGCAGGAAGUACAGAAGACGCAUCCAUACCCGAUUGUUCUCAUGGGCGACUUGAACACAGGCUAUUUCCAGCCAUCACAACAGCUCCUACGCAACGGCCAAGUUGAUGCAGAUGGGAAGAGCUGGCAGAUUCCAAUGACUUUUUCCGAUGCAUGGGCAGAACUUCAUCCAGGAAAUCCAGAUCCAUCUACAAUUAAUGAUGAUCCUGUGCGAUUGGACGAGGGUCUCAUUGGGGCAUUGCAUUGGGAUGAAUUGGGAACAGGUCGUAACAGAUUUGGCCACGCGCAGCUGGCAGUGAUCAUCGAGCUGUGUCAGGGGACAUUGUGCUGCGAUGACGAGGGCAAAGGCCAAGUGACAGGCCGCCCUCAGCUUGAUCAGCACUUGUUUUUCUUGAGUCCUGACCGCAAGAACAUGUCAGAACCUGAGAUCUCUGACAUUUUGAUCCCGGCUGGUGCAUCUCUCCUGGAUGGCUUGCGACUAUUGCUGGUUCAUCACCUUCGUGCUAGUGCCGGGACUGAGAACAUCAACCUGACAGCUGGCCAAGCUCAGUUGCUGGAACACCACUUGUCACGAGCCCGCUUUGUGGGGAACACACCCAAGCGCGUACGUGACUCCGGCAGCGUGGCUGAGUCACAAGAACAGGAACGGCGAGAAACCAAGCGAUCGAGCCUGCGCUUGAAGGACAGAGAACUUUUGGAAAUCUACCGCGAAGCUCAGCAAGAGGCCAGUCGUGAAGCAGACUGGCGUGGCUUAGCAACACCGCGGACGACUGCUCGAAGCAAUGGCAGUGUCUACAGCGACAGUUCUGCUUCGAAGUCGGGUGUUACCCCAGGCGAUGCCCAGCUCCUGCGAGUCAUCAGUGAAGCCAUGCAGCAGCCAGGGAGGACCCCUGAGACCGUCGCGGCUGAAAUUGCUGGGGAGGCUCAACUACCAGUGCCUCAGGUGCCUCAGGUACCCUUGAUGCUUCGUGGCUCCAAGGCCAGCCGCAGUCUCAGCGAGCUCGAAAGCUGCGUGUCCAAGCCUAAUUUCGACAGGGCACAGGCGUCCUGGUGUGGGCAGCAGCGGGAACCAGUCGCGUGUUUCAAGGAUGCCAGCAACCUCAAUCCGAUUUGGGACUGCCACUUGCAGAUCUUGCAGGUUGAGACCGGCUGCUCCCUGGGUGCGAAGCCUUGCGCUUGGCCUACCGAUGCCUUGGCCGUUGCUGCCCCAGAAAGGAAGACAUCCUCGGGACAAGCCCAGGGAGAACCAACUCGCUUUGUCACUUGGAACCUGUACGUUUUCACCUUGGCUGGAAGGAUUCAUCCAGUUGUUGAUGAGCUCAUGAGAAUGCAGCCAGAGAUUGCGGCCAUUCCGGAGAUGUGGCAUGAGAAGCAUGCCAUCUUGGAUCGCUUGAACCAGGUCUCCGGAAAUGUCUACGCAUUUGCCACUGGUGGAUCCACGGAGCAGUUCAACGAUGCUGACAUCCUCUUCCGUGCUGACAAGUGGGAGCACAUCGCCAGUGAUUUGGUUCCAUUCUCUGCUGGCAGGGCGGUGAAUUGGGCUGCGCUGCGCCGCAAGUCGGAUGGAUAUACACUGAUUGCUGCAGGUACACACCCACUGUGCUGCCAAGGGGACUACGUUGUGAUGGAAGCGGUUGACUUUGUCAUUAGAACCUUGAGUGGCGUCCAGGGGCAGCACCCAUACCCCAUUGUCCUCAUGGGAGAUUUGAACACGGGCUACUACCAACCCUCGCAGCAGCUCCUCCGGCUUGGCCAGAUGGAUGCCUUCGGUCGCCGUUGGCAGAUUCCAAUGACUUUCACCGAUGCCUGGGCGGAACUUCACCCAGGAAACCCCGAUCCUUCCACGAUCAACAACGACCCCGUGCGUUUGGACUACGUCUAUUUCCAGAAGACACCAAUUUCGGUGGGUCAGUCGAUUGUCCAGUCUCAGAUCUGGCCACGAGCAGCUGGCAGCGAUCACCGGGCCGUUUCCGGUGAUGUAGUGCUCAAUCGGUGA